GGGAAGCAGGAGUGACUGCACCCCCAGGACUGGGCUUCCCUGGGUGGACAGACUUGGAUGCUUACUUUUUGAAAAAAGUAAAAUGGUUUGGGGGGGCUUGAUGCUCUGAGUUCUGCAGGUAAAGGGGGAUCUUUUGAUAAUGAGGUGAUUUAAAAACAAACACAUUGGCAUCUUGGUUUGUCCCUCUUGUGCUCUGGGGCUGGAGUUUAGCAGGAGGCAGCACAAUGGUAUUUUCCUUUUGAAGUCGAUGCAGAUAAAGUCCAGGGGAGACUUGCUUUGUACAGGACGGAACAAGGAUCCAGAAGGGGGUCUGGAGGGCUUGGACAGGGGCUAGCCUUCACCCAGCACCCCUAAGGGCCCGGCCCCUACCUGCCCCUCCAUUGUUCAUGGAAUUUGAUUUCUAACAGCACAGCACUUGGAAGAGAAGCCUGGUGAGUGAGGUGCUUUCACUGUGGCCUCUCACACUUUUCAUCUGCAGACAGAGUGGGUGGUCUCCCUCCUCUGUCAGGGUCCCUCAUCACUUCCUUCUGUCCCCCUGGAGCUGAGGACUGGCCAGUGAGAACAACCCCACUUACAGAAGGCCAGUCCUACAGUCAAGUGGUUGAUAAACAGUCUUUUUUUUCCUGUCUCUGUCAGCACCAGGGGUCUAGAGACAUCUUCCUCAUGUGGAGAUACUUUUGGAUACUGUCCAACUUGAUAAAAUGGUCCCACAGAGGUGUAUAUGCUUCAGGUUGGGAACAGAAGCCUGAAUUCCUUUGUGGAAUGUAACUGGCUUCUGCCACAGAGCUGGGGUUUGGUCAAAAGGCCUGUGGCUCAGUGGACACUGACAGGAGCAGGGAAGGGGGCAACUUGGUGGGCUGUUCCGAACCCUCUGGCAGGCCCCUUUUGUAAAGGGCCAGUCCUGGUUAGCAGGGUUGACUACCUGCAAUGCCAGCUGUACCUAGGCCUUGCGCCUCUAGGGGGGUUUCUGUGGGGGCUCCAUGGGAAAGAAAGCGUCAGUAUAUUCUGAACUGGUAUUCUUUUAGAUGUGAAAAGCAGUAGUGAGUUUUGACAAUUCUGUACCUAGGAAGAUAGGUCAUGUCGGUUUGUAGUCUUCCUCCCUAAAAUACUCCUAAGCAAGGCCAGUCAAAGCCCUUCCCCCAAUUUUCAUUUUAUUAAAAUUUUUUUCAUGUUUAUUUAUUUGAGAGAGAGAGAGAGAGAGCGGGGUAGAGGCAGAGAGAAAGGGAGACACGGAAUCCAAAGCAGGCUCCAGGCUCUGAGCUGUCAGCAGAGAGCCUGAUGCGGGGCUGGAACUCAUGAACCUCGAGAUCAUGACCUGAGCCUAAGUCUGACAAUUAAGUGACUGAGCCACCCAGGCGCCCUCCCAAUUUUUAUUUUAAAGAAAAUGCUGCUGUGGUAAAAACCUAAGAGAGGUUUUUGACAAAACUAUUGGUGCCGUUUUUAAAAAAUGCCUCCUUAGAGGGAAAUACAGGCUUCCAGUUACGGAGUAAGUCAACAGAAUAAAAAGCAGAGCAUAAGGGAUACAGUCAGUGAUACUGUAGUAGCGAUGGAAUGGGACAGGUAGUAGCUACUAUGUUUGUAUGUAGCUACUAUGUAUGCUAUGUUUGUGAACAUAGCAUAAUGGAUAAACUUGUCAAAUCGCUAGGUUGUACACCUGAAACUAAUGUAACAUUGUGUGUCAACUACACUAAAGAAUAAAGAUAGAAAACUACCUCCUUAAAGUUCCUGGGAAUGGAAGCCAGCUGUAAGGGAGAGAGCGGUUCGCUACUUGCUGGUUCUGGGAGUGGGUGCAGACCCCAGGAAGGGCAAGAGGGAGUGGGAAAGGUACACCUUUCUUUAGAAAACAACAGAAUCAGGGAAUAAGGCUAAGAUCUGUAAUGAUAGUGUUCCAGAAGAGCUCUUGAGUCACUCUCAUCUCCUUUGGGAUCCCCAGGGCUCUCUCGUUUUUGGUGUGAGCAUAGCUUGUUUGCAAACUGUGUGAGGGUUUCCUUGGCAGCCAUAACAGUGAGCGCUAAUGACAUGUCUGGGCUUCCCAGGGCGUGUACUGCUGAAGGUGGCUCAGGAGCCAGGGCACCUUGACUCUAACAGCUCCUCUUGGCUGUGUUCUUGAAGGAGCAGAAGAGACAGUAAGGUGGCAGCAGCAGUGGUAUAGUCUAGCUGUCAAUUUGUAUUAGAAUCAGCCAUUUGAUUGAUUUUGUGCAAGUUAUCUUUGACAGAUUAUAGGUGGGCAGGUUUCAGAAGAACCGUAAAGUCUUCAGGAGUUGUUCCUCCGUGGGAUGGCUGCCUCGUGAAGUGAUGUGGGGAAAGCUGUCUGCUGAUAACUCAGUCUGGAGAAAGCACUGUGUUCCUGCCUGUCGGGGGUGUGUGGUUUCCAGGUAACCCGCAGCACUCUUAUUUGGCUUUGUCUCCUGCCAUCCCAAUCUGGAUGCAAGCUGUGGAGUUGAGUCGUGUUCAGCUACUCUCUGUGGAGAUACAGAGAAAAUUUCGAGCCUCCGGCACUGAUCCUCUUGUGAUUUCCUGUAAAAUCUUUCUGUUCUCGGAGAUUGGACAAGAGAUCUCAGGCCCUCUCUCAGCUCCUCUGCCUGCUGCCGUGGCCUUGGUGGCACCCUCCCUCAGUGGUCAGCCCGGGGCUUCCUCAGCCCAUGCAGUCCCCUGCUACCACUGCUGAGGGCCUCAGUGGCCCUCCCUUUGGGGCCUACCCACUCCCUACCUUCAAGUUCCAGCCUCGCUCUGAGAGUGUGGACUGGAGGCGCAUCAGCGCCCUGGAUGUGGACCGCGUGGCACGGGAGCUGGAUGUGGCCACCCUGCAGGAGAACAUCACGGGUGUCACCUUCUGCAAUUUGGACCGGGAGGCGUGCAGCCGCUGCGGGCAGCCCGUGGACCCGGUGCUGCUCAAGGUGCUGCGCUUGGCUCAGCUCACCAUCGAGUACCUGCUGCACUGCCAGGAUUGCCUGAGCGCCGGCGUUGCCCAGCUCGAGGCCCGGCUGCAGGCCAGCCUGGGGCAGCAGCAGCGAGGCCAGCAGGAGCUGGGUCGCCAGGCCGACGAGCUCAAGGGCGUGCGGGAGGAGAGCCGCCGGCGUCGCAAGAUGAUCGGCACCUUGCAGCAGCUGCUCCUGCAGACGGGGGCCCAUGGCUACCACACGUGCCACCUGUGUGACAAGACGUUCAUGAAUGCCACCUUUCUCCGGGGCCAUAUCCAGCGCAGGCAUGUGGGCGUGGCAGAAGGUGGGAAGCAGAAGCAGCAGGAACAGCCAGUGGAGGAGAUACUGGAGGAGCUUCGGGCCAAACUAAAAUGGACCCAAGGGGAACUGGAAGCCCAGAGAGAGGCCGAAAGGCACCGGCAGCUCCAGGAAGCAGAGAUUGCUCGUCAGAAGGAGAUAGAAGCUAAGAAAGAAUUUGAUGAAUGGAAAGAAAAAGAGCGGGCCACGCUAUAUGAGGAAAUAGACAAGCUAAAAAAAUUAUUUUGGGAUGAAUUUAAAAGUGUUGCCAACCAUAACUCAACUCUAGAAGAGAAACUGCAGGCAUUGCAGUCCCACAAUAUGAUGGAGUCCAACCUCGGGUCACUACGGGACGAGGAGUCUGAGGAGCGACUCAGGCAGACUCAGGAACUCCGGGCCCUGAAGGAGAUGAUGGAAAUGCAGAAAACAGAAUGGAAGAGAAAAAUGAAGGAACUGCAGGGAGAGCACGCAGCUCAGAAGCGAGAGCUGCAGGAGCAGAAUGAGAGGCUCCAGGCCUCCCUGUCUCAGGAUCAGAGGAAAGCAGCCGCCCAGGCCCAGCGCCAGAUCAGUGCUCUCCGUGCCCAGCUCCAGGAACAAGCCAGGCUCAUCACCUCCCAGGAAGAGAUGAUCCAGACCAUGUCUCUGAGGAAGGAGGAGGGGAUCCACAAGGACCCGAAGGCUACGGACACAGAGGAGGACUCUUCCGAGGAAGAGUUAGAGGACUCCGGAGACGGACAGCAGAAGGUGCUGGCAGCGCUGAGGCGAAACCCCACCCUGCUGAUGCAGUUCAGGCCAAUCCUGGAGGACACCUUGGAAGAGAAGCUGGAAAGCAUGGGGAUAAAGAGAGAUGCAAAGGGAAUCCCCUUUCAAACUCUCAGACACCUCGAGUCCCUCCUGAGAGCCCACCGGGAGCAGAAGGCACGGAGGUUUUCUGAAUUUCUGAGUCUGAGGGAAAAGCUUGUCAAGGAAGCCACCAGCAGAGUGAAGCAGAGACAGAGACACAUGGCCCCGGCAUCCCAGUUGGACAGCGGGGCUCCGGUCAAAAGCCAGCAGAACCCACUGGCCAUCAAAGAGGCCCAGCCAAAGUCCAGGACGCUGCAUGUGGCAUUGCCAUCUAAGCCAGCAGAGCCACCCAUGACAACUCUUCAGAGCCGAGGCAGCCACGGUCCUGGCCUGGCUCCCGUGCCCACCCCUACUCCGCGCCCCAGAGCACGUGGACCCUCCGGCACCUCUGCUUCCUCAGGGCCCGGGCAGAGUACACCCCCAUUCAGUUCUGAAGAGGACUCAGAGGGAAAUUCCGUGCAGCGGACAUCUCUCCAGCCCCCACGAGGUCCUUCCAGGAUGGGGCCCCGGCCAGAGGACAACUGGGACUGGUCUGACACAGAGACGUCGGAGGGGAGUGCCCAGCCCCCUGAAAAAGGCUCAGGUGGGCUGGCUUCCUCAGGAACCCUGGUGCAGUCGCUGGUCAAAAACCUUGAGAAACAGCUGGAGGCUCCAGUGAAGAAGCCUGCUGGAGGGGUCAAUCUGUUCUUAAUGCCCAGCGCCAGCCCACAGAAGGCUGCCGUGCCAGGAAGGAAGCCCCAGCUUUCAGAUGAUGAGACUGACUUGGAGAUCUCUUCCUUGGAAGAUCUCCCCCAGGACCUGGGCCAGAGAGAAGAACUGAAGCCCCUGUCUCGCUCAAAGCCGCCAGAGAAGUUUGGCACCAGCCCUUGGAGCCCUGGCCGACCCAGGGUCCCUGGCUGGUGAUCCCACCCCAGAACCUGGCUGGGGCCAGCUCAGGGUGCCCUCCCCCCUCCCCCCCCCAACACAAGAGGCUACUAGGCUGCUCUUGUCUUCACCAGUAACUGAGAGGUCUUCUCUGGAAGAGAAGGUCUCUCUGGAGAUAAACAGAGCAGAAGGGGGAUAUAAUUUCUCCUCUCUUGCCUGUGAGGAGGGGUCCUGUUUCAGAGCUCCAGGGGCACCUGGCUGGGUGCUCCCAGUCCUAUGGUUUGAGAAAGGGUUAUAAUGAGCCCUUUCCUCCCCCCACCUCCAUGUUCACUCCAGACUGAAGGAGCCACUUGAUCUUUGUGACGUAUUGUCAAUCUGUGGGAAUGCUGUGGAGAGGAGCCUUACUUGGUGUCCUUCUAGGGACACAUAUGUCUCAGUCAGUCAUUCAGUGAUUGAUCCAAAGUCAUUUACUGAGUGCUUGCUCUGGGCCAGGUCCUCCAGGCUCUCCCUACCUUGCUGGGGUGCUGGCAGAGGUGAGUGGGGCAGAAGUAUUGGGUAGUAGUCUAGUGACAGAGAUUAGGGUGUCAUGGGAGCAUAGUGAGGGCCACCCAGUGCAGGCUUGGGAGAUCUUGGAGAGACUCCCAGAGCUGAAGUCUGGCUGUGCUUGCUUAUGGGUGGGAGAGAGGGAGGGAGGGCGGGCCGCCUGGCUGGGGCCUCAUGCCCAAAGGACCACAAAUUUAAUCUUUGACAUUAUUUCUAAAAUUAGGUUAUAUAUGUAACCACUGUAUUUUUUUUUUAUGUAAAAGGUGUUAAUUUAUCAUAUGGAAACAUUUAAAUAUAGUACAAUGGUUAU